UUUUCAGUAUUGAAUUUAAUAUAAGACAAGUCUACAGAAAACCAACAAUGGACCGAAGAUAUAUAACAGUUUUUUGUGUGUUGCUUGUUCUAUUAGCUACACCUGUUCAAGGCAAGGCGAAGACAUUAAGCGAUGAAAGAAAGAGUUUGAUCGAACUUUGGCGUUUAACUUUAUCAGAGACAUACAGAGAAGCUGUAAGAACAGGUGAUGUUAAGCUAGGAAAAAUAAAAGAAUUGACCUGGGAUGAUAUUAAGUGUCUAACAAAGAAAUAUAGAGGAUCAGUAGCAUUAGGGGCAGGUUCUGUAGCUGCAACACCAUUAGUGCUUGGUGCUGCUGGGUUCACCGGAAGUGGCAUAGCUGCUGGGUCAAUGGCAGCUAGAAUGAUGGCCUGGUCAGCCGCUGCCAAUGGUGGAGGUGUGGCCGCUGGUGGAGUUGUUGCCACACUCCAAUCUGCCGGGGCUGCUGGACUAAGCCUUGGUACAAAGACUGUCAUUGGUACUAGUGUUGGGGGAUUGUAUAGUCUACUUGUUAAAGGGUGCUCACAAACUGAUGUUGAAUGUCUAAAGAAACGAGAGAAAAAAGUUUGAAUGUAUUGAACUGAUUUCUUAAUAAACUAUGCGUUAUGGGCUUUGGCCUCAUUGUUGAAGGCUGUACGGUGACCUAUAGUUAUUAAUUUCCCUGUCAUUUGGUCUCUUGUGAAGAGUUGUCUCAUUGGCGAUCAUACCACAUCUUCUUUUUUAUAUUUCGUUUUCUUUAAAUUGAAGUACCUAUUGAAAUGUAUACACAAAAAAAAACUGCUGAAAAAUAACAAGUAUCUUAUAAGAUUUUUAAAUGUCUUUUUUAAAACUACAUGUUAUAAAAUCAUGAAAAGAAAAGUAGAGGUUAAUGGGCAAAAUUUUGAAUGGUUGAUUUUUUUUGAAUUUUGGUGUUUUAACGCCACUUUUAAGCACUGCUUUUGGGCUAUUUCGUGGCGGCCAGUUUUUAUUGGUGGAGGAAGCUGGAGUGCCCGGAGAAAACCACCGACCUUCGAUAGGAAAACUGACAAUCCUAGUCAAUUAAGAUUGGAGUCGAGUGCACCCGCACGAGCGGGGUUCGAACUCACAACCACAGUGUUGACUGGCUAGUGAUUACAGUAGUAACUACUUAGACCACUCGGCCACCGAGGCCCCAAAAAUUUUGAAUGGCACUACACGUAUAAAACCAGAGGAUUAUAAAUAACUAACCUUAAUAAUGAUUAAUAUAGGUGUGCUGCCAAGUAAAGAUUCCAGAGUAACAAAGUUGAAACAAUAGAUCAUAUCAUAUAUUUUUACAAAUUACUUAUUGCAUUAGAUUUCAGCAUUAAAAUCAAUUAAUUCAUAACUAAUCAAGAUAUACUUCAUCUUUUUUUAAAUUUUUUUUAAGUUAUGUUUUAUAAUUAUGAUUGUAAUUAUUUUGUUAAUUCUAGGUGCUGUGAUUUGGAAAUAAAAUAUCUGUGUGUUU